GCAGAUGAAAUAAUUGUCGCUACCUGUGUCAAAUUGAGCGCACUGUUUGGUUUUAUUCACGGGUCUGCUUGUUGGAAAGCUUCCGCCUGUGCCGUGAGUUUGAGUAAUCCUGAAAGCUUUAAAGUUUAAUUUUAGCAGUGAUUAAGUUGCUUGGUAGUUUGUGUUGAUUGCGAGAGAACUGUAAGUUUUUCUUGGUCUGAAGAUAUUGAAGAUACUGGGUGUAUACAAAUGUGUAAAAAUGGUUUUGUGAACUGAAGACCCAGUGAGCAAAUGCCAAUCAAUUUUGAAGAAAGUUUUAUACAAAAACAUUGAUUGAUGCCUUAAUAUAACUAAUUAUUUGGUGUAUUGGUCCUUCCAUUUUCAGCAAACAGACUCUUUUAUAACAUUUCUACAAUUUCCUCUGACUUCACAUAGACUGAUUUGCAGAUGAUGCGAACAGACAGCAGAGGCCGAAGUGCCUCCCCACACAGAAUAAUAUAUAAAUCUGACUUUCAUGCUAUCAAAUGCUCAUUUGACACUGGAGUUAGACUACCAGGAGGUACCAAACCUGCUGCUACAGUCCCCUCUGACAAUCUGUCCAACACCACCAGCAGCACUGGCAGCCGAGGCCGUAUCCAAAGCACCAGGGGGACCAAAAUAAGAGACAACAUUUUUCUUCAAAUGGACAGCCAGCAAUCAAGACAAGAUGGUGCUUCAACUACAGGUUCUGUUUCCACACCACUCCUUUAUGCUCCACACCCAAGCGUCCAACUCCAGACGUCUCCUUUCCUUGAAUCAAUCAUGAGUUCCUCCCCCUCGUUUGUUAAAAGUCUGAAAAGUAUUUCGUCCACAGAAAAACUGCUACAAGACAAACCGUCCAGAUCAGAGAAAAAAGUAGACGUUGAUAGAGUUGCUCUGGCUCAGAAGUUUACCGUGACUCGGCGGCUGUUUGAGAAUAAAAUGUUGGAGGUCGGGGGAAUGGGGGCACAGGUUUUAAAAACUCAGAUCGUCAGGGGGAGCAAGGGGGUUGCAGAUUUGAAAGAUGUAGAAAAGGUGCCAGAUGCAAGUGAGAAAAUUCCAGUCAAAGAGGAUGGUGGAUUAGGUAAAGAUGGUUCCAUAGACACAAAGCCCCCUCAAGUGGAGUCACCGAUGAGGCUUUCUGAAUCUCCAGUAUUAAAUGGACCUGUUGAUGCUGCAGCAUCACAAUCAACAGAUGAGAGAGAAGCCUGUUUGGGUCCUGAGGAGACACUAAGGGCAGAACUAGUCAAUGUAAAGAAUGAUUCUUCAGAAAGUGAUGAGAAUGAAGAAGUGAAAGUGCAGGAGGACAAAAGCUGGGCAGAAGGGGAGACUGAAACACAUCUGGACAAAGCUGCUCAGGAUGAUCAGGAAGCCUUGGUAGAUGACGUCUUUGAGGAGGCCUCUGUGGACUCAGGAACUCUUCGUGGAUUAAGGGUGAGGGAAGUUGAAUUUUUCACUUCUUCAGAACCCCAUGAAGAGUUAUCAGAGGACAUGCAAUGGAAAACAACUGGGAAUGGAGGGGAAAGCAGAGGAGACAAGUAUCAGCAGGUGAACAAGCAAAGGGAGGGUGGAAGGGAGGAGCAACACAGGCAUUUCACUGCACAAACUCAGAAGCCAAGAGAAAAAAGUGAUAACAUGGAAAAAGACAUUGGAGAAUGUGCUACUGGAUUAGAGAAGUUAAUGAUCCAAGAGAUAUAUUCUGAUAAGGAAGGAGAGGAAAAAGUGAAAGGUGUAGAAGAAUCUAAAUACAGUCAAAGAAAAGAAAUGAAAGAAAUCACAACAUCUGAUCUACAAGAAAAUGUUGUCACUGAGAUAAUUAAGUACGCUACAUGUAGAGGUACUGGUGAUGCGGGAGGAGGAGGCAAAGAGGACCAAACAGAAUCUGAAGGAGUCUGUGGGAUUGAGAACAAAGCUUUUUGGUAUGAUCAGGACUCGCUGUCCCAUCCAGAGAUCUCAGAAUUACCACAACAAGAGCAGGAAAGCUCCAUGAAGGGAGAAAAGCUUGUAGUGGAAUAUGAGGAAAUUCCUGGUUUGCCUGAACUGGACUGUCAGGAUGACGAUCCACUAGAGGCUGCAAAGAGGAAGGUCAGGUUCUCCACAGCACCAAUCAAGGUGUACAGCACAUACUCUAAUGAAGUCUAUGACCGUCACAAUGAGGACAUUGAUCCAGUGUCUGCCUCAGCUGAAUUUGAGCUGGAAAAGAGAGUAGAGAGGAUGGAUGUCUUUCCAGUGGAAAUAGAAAAGGGAGUGGACGGUCUGGGCAUCAGUAUCAUCGGAAUGGGUGUGGGAGCUGAUCAGGGGCUGGAAAAACUGGGAAUCUUUGUCAAAACAAUCACUGAAGGAGGAGCAACACACAAAGACGGAAGGAUUCAGGUCAACGACCAGAUUGUGGAAGUGGACAGCAUAAGCUUGGUUGGAGUUUCCCAGCUGUUUGCAGCUACAGUCCUUAAAAACACAUCAGGCUUGGUCAAGUUUUUGAUUGGUCGAGAGAAAGAGGGGGUGGAAAGUGAGGUGGCACGACUCAUCAAUGAGAGUCUAGAAAUGGAGAAUACAAAAAAGAGGGAAAGCAGAAGCAGUGGAGAUGAAGACGAUGAUGAUGACAGUGUAUCAGAGAGAGACUCAGUCUUUGAAGAUGAGGAAGGGGAGAUGGAUGAAGAGGAGGAUGUGUCUGUCUUGUCUAGUCUGGAAAACUACCAACUCUGUCUCAAAUACCAGCAGCUUCAGGCCAAAUUGAGAAGCAGAACGACUCGAUUGCGUCGGGCCAAAGAGAAGUUAAAGGCAUGGGAGAAGCAGCAGGCCCGUUGGCAGAACCUGAAAGCCAAGUUGGAACAAAAAGCACAGGAUGGAGAGGAGAAAGCUGAGAAACUAGAGAGCUAUUGGCAAGAGGCCCAGGCACUAUGUCGAGUUGUGAGCCAGCGAUUAGCUGAUACCCAGAGCCAAACAGAAAGCCUGGAGGUCAAGUACAGCAAAGCCAAGAAACUGGUUAGAGAUUACCAGAGCAGAGAGGAUGAGAUGGAUAGAAAACUUGCAGAUCUGAGGAAUGAAAUGGAAGAAAGAGAAAAGCAUUACAAGGAAAUGGUAGAAAGGCUACAAAUCAAGAUGGCAAAGCUUGAAGGUAAAGAUUUUGAAAUGGAGAAAAGCAACCAUACUGCAGACUCUUCAGUUACAGAUUGGUAUCUUCCAGUUCCUAAUACUGGACGCCUUGACUCCAGUGCUCAAAUAGCCAGAGCUCAGCUUGCCCAGAAAUCAAAGCGCAACCCUCCGUCUAGGGAGAAACUCAGAGAGAGCUUCAAAAAACAGCAGGAGGAAGUUUCCCUCACACCAAAGGAGAGUCAGCCUCUUCUCACUGCCAUUGCAGUCGAAAGCAACAGAAGUGAACUGUCUAAUACCUCCACUUCCCCAGCACUUAGUCUACAGCCUACCAGCACCUCCCUCUUACCAACUCCUUCCAUCUACGUCACUGAUGUGGUCACACCCUCUCCAUCUAAAUCUUCAACAUCCAGAAAAACCAAAAAGAUAUUUCCAGACUUCAGUGGCCUUCGGAAGUCUCUCGGUAGAAAGACGAGUGAAAAACGCAGCAGGAGAUCGACCGAUAGCAGGGGAUCAUGUGGUGAUUUAAUCGAUGAGCCGACACUUGUGUCCCCAUCUGUUUCGGUGACUUCGAUGCCCUCUUGCCUGCACCUUCCCUGGUUUGGGGAUAGAGGGAAAGAAAAGGAAGGGGAGGAAGAAAGCAGGGAAAGGUUGCGGUCCGUGUCCAGCAGCAGUUUGCCCUAUCUCACCACCACAGGCAGAAGAGAUCAGAGCAUUGGCUCCCCAAUGGGCAGCUCCAGCAUGGUGGGCCAUGUCUCUGAUCACUCCCUUUCUGGACAGUCUCACACUUACAUCUUUUCCUCCUCUGAGACUUUAGACGAAUAUCCAAUUCCCAACAACAACAACAAUCAUUGGCAGGGCCAGCCCACCUCAGAGUGGAACAACCAACAGGUGUGUCUGUGGUUACUCAGUUUGGACAUGGAGCGGUACACCUCAGAGUUCACUGCCAAGGGAGUGGAUGGAAUGCAAUUGCUAAAUAUGGACGGUCAGAAACUCAAGGCCCUUGGUGUAUUAAGUCAAAAUGACCGCUCUGUUCUCAAGAGGAAACUAAAGGAAAUGAGAAGAGAGGAGAGGGAUCAGAAGAAGGAAGAAAAGAAGCUAAAGGAAGGUGAAAGCAAAGGGAGGGCAAGGAAGCUGAGUGACAAAGCUGUAAAUAAUUCAGAAGGGUGGGGCAAAACUGUUAGAACAGAAUCCCUGCUUUGAAGGAGGUAAAAACCACAUGCAGCACCAGCAUUUUUUUUUUUUUUAAGAUCUGUUAUUUUUGUGCUCAUAGAAAUGCUUUACACGUCUUUUAAGAUGCAUGAUCAAGGGAAGGGUUAAAUUUGAAUCUCUAAACAGCAGUUGUGGAUUUCAGCAUCAUGAUUCAAACAGAAAUUAAAUGUUUUUAACUGGAAAGGGUCACUUGUCUUGUAUUGAUGUUUUUGUUUUUUUAAUCUUAAUUUAUUCUUGGAAUGAUUUUCUUGUUUUUAUUGUAUGAUGAUUUCUGCACACAGAAAUUUGCUGUAAAUGUUUUCUGUUUAAUAAAUAAUGCUUUAAACUCAA